AAUUGGAUCCAGAGUGGGGCACGCCUCAUAAAGUCCUUCUCCAAUGAAUCUAGUGUUUACAGUACCAGCUCAGGGACUGACAACAUCGCUUCAAAAUGAAGACACUGAACUCUUUGUUAUUCCUAGCGGGAUGCUUAGUUCUCGUUAAAGCACACACGUACCAUAUGGGCGCUUGUCCCAUCGUGGAACCGAUGCAAGGAUUCCAAAUGAACAGAUUCCUAGGAGUGUGGUACGUGAUACAGAAAACAGCAACUGCCAGCAAAUGCAUCACUUACAAUUACACUCGUGGCGAGGAAGCAGGAGAAUACGUUGUAACGCAGGAUUCUGAUCAUCCGGUAUUAGGUCUUACGCCAUUGAAGCACGAGUAUCAUUACACCGGUGAAUUGAGCGUUCCGGAACCGAGUACACCAGGUCGAAUGCAAGUUCGCUUUCCUCUAAGUAUAGCCGGAAGUGCGUCCCACGUGGUGUUCAACACAGACUACGACAAUUUCGCAGCUAUUUUUUCCUGCCAAAAAUUAGCAUUCGCCCAUCGUCAAAGCGCGACGAUCCUCUCUAGACAUCGAGAUCUGGACAAGAUCUACGUGGACCAGAUACGCAAACAAUUAAACUCCUUUGGCGUGGAUGCUUUCGAUUUGAGCAUCAUUCCUCAAUCCGGAUGUCCGAAAGGCAACAACACGUUAGACAUCAACGUCGAUCCUAAUACAUUCACCAGCGAAAAUUUGGGCAAUGCAGUUCGCAAAGCUGGUGAGAAACUAGGCGAUGGUGUUCAAUGGGUGGCUAAUACAGGAAGCAAGGUGUACCAUAAACUGGCAGGAAGCGAGGAGAGUACCAGUAAACCGGAAGGGCACGCCAGAGCCAACGUGAAUAAGGAUUUCGAAACGAACGAGGUUGGAUGGAUCCCUUAGAGGAGUUAGUCAUUCAGAAUAAUUCGAUCUCGAUGAAUUUUCUCCUGCCAAAAAUAUUUUAGUACCGAGAAUUUCUUUUUAUGAAAGGGUUGAGAUUUGUAAUCAAGGGUGGAUGGGUUAGACAGUAGUAGAAAAACCAAAGACUACUCGAUGAAUAAAUUGUAUAUUAAGUUUUGCAAAAUGCCAUUGCAAAUGAAAUAAAAUUUUUCAAAACU